AUGCUCCGUGGCCAGUUAACCACGCUGCUGGGUUUGUUCAGUGGGGCGUGGCUACCCACAGGCUCAGGGAGGCCUAGGGUUCCAUCUACCCCUACUCAGGCCUGGGCUGCUGCCAAUCAGAGCUGGACUCUGGAUCCUCUGGUACCAGCCUCUGCCCUGGGUAGCUGGAAGGCCUUCUUGAGCCUACAAGACAAACAGCAAGGAGCAGGUGGGCUGCAGGGAGGGCAGAGAGAGGCUGCUGGUGUGUCUUUGCCCUUGGUCCCCCAGGAAGUGCUCCAGGAGACAUGUAAAGCUGUGGCCUUUAUUCAGGUGCUCUCCAGGCCUGGUUGCACAGCCGCCAGGGUCCUUAAUCAUCUGUGUUUCGGACAUUGUUCCUCCUUCUACAUUCCCAGCUCGGAUCCCACCCCGGUCGUCCUCUGCAACAGCUGUGUGCCAGCUCAAAAGCGCUGGACAUCGGUGGUGCUGUGGUGUGGGGCUGGCCAUGCAGCCUCCCCUCGGCGAGUGAGGAUGACUGUCACCCUAGUGCAGAAGUGCCAGUGUGGUCCGAAGCUGUGAGCUGAGUGUCGUGGAGGAUCGGAAAGAAACAGGAGAUGCCAUAGAAAGACGUGACCUGAAUUAUGUACAUCAGGUCAAGAGAGCAGGGUUAGAAGGACAGACAGACAGGUCCACAAGGUCCUCAUCUUGCUCCAGGAACAUGAGACACGGUUCCCCAGUCAUGGGUUUAGACCACUAAUAGUCAUAGCAUGUGGGGCUGGGGUGUAACUCAGCGGGAAAGGGCUUGCCUACCAUAUAUGAAGGCCUGGGUUCCAUUCUUAGCACGGGGAUAUGUGGAGGGAAAAAGUAAAAAUUAGCUGUAGUGUGUGAUUCACAGGGCCCUGUGAGGGAGGGACUAUUCCUUCCCCAAGCACUAACUCACAUAUCCUCAAGAGUCAAUCGUCAGCAGUCCUGCAGGGUAGGACUUCAGCACAGGUCAUUUUGCAGAUGAGGAAACCGAAGCAGCCCUUGAGGCACUGUCACUGUUUUGGGG